AUGUCCUAUGGUGACAACUCACCGAGCAGUAAGCCGAUGACGCGAACAUACAGCAAACCGCUCACUCCCGCUACGCAAAGCUCCAAUACCUCCAACGGCAAGCUCAAGGGACAUCGCCUCUUUCUCAGCAGCGGCAGCAGCAGCAGCAGCGGCGGCGGCGGCGGCGGCGGUCAUCAUCGCCCACCAAACCCAUCCGUCUCCGCCAAACGAACGAGGUUUUGCGCUCGUGUCAUACCCAUCAGCUCGAACUACCCAAAGAUCUUUUGCACAAAGGGACAGCCAUGGCUUGAGGUGACGUCUCGUACACCACAAGCGCGCGAAAUCCUGCCCGACACAAACACACAGCUUUCCGCGAACUUCGCCACUCGGCCUCGCACACGGAGGAGGACAUUCUUGUCACAUACGUAUGUACAACAAGAACAACAGCGCGCCAUCCGAAGGCUAGCUGCUCGGGUCGAGUUCGCCAACGUGACGGGCCGAUCGAAGACGGCCAAACCGUCGUUGAGCGCCAAUGCCAAAACGUCAAUAUGGCUGUGGACGAGCUUCGUUGUUCCUUCUGGGCUUUCUUCUGCUCGGAAAACGAACUAA